CUUCUUGCCUCCCCUCUGCGGCCUCUGUGCUCUCGGUUCCUCAAAAGGGCCUCAGUCUGCACGUGAGGCCCGUGCAUUUCACUGUCUGUACAACGUGCCUUUUCAGACGCCACCGUGCAGCCACCCAUGCAGGAGUCUCAUUCGCAAACGGCGGCGGAGAGCCUGCAAACCGGUUUGGUCCUGCAACUUGCCUCUCAAACAUUAACUACUGAAAGCAAUCCACAACCAAAUGUUCGCGGCGGCGAACCUAUUUGCUUGUGGGUAAUACCAGUUCCAGACCAUAAAACACUGAGGCAAAUUAAUUUGUCCUUGAAAACAGUUCCCUCCCUGUCCUUGGGGCCUGGCGCCUGCCACAGAACCCCGACUCCCAAUUCUAAUUCUGACACCGUCUCCCUGUCUCCACGCAAACCUCUCUCCUCCAGGGGCGUCCCCUCAGGCCCAGGCCAGGCGCUGCCACCGGCACCAACAGCACCCUCCCCCUCUCCCCCUCCCAGCCCACUUCUCUGCAUGGUGGUCCCUUCAGCAGAAUGUUCUGAUCUGCCAGCAACUGACUAAAAGAGGUGGUGAAAGCGAUGGUCUUCCUGCCGCAGGGAGGGCCAGGGUCUUCUCCUGGUCAGUGUGGCCAGAGCUCCGGGAUUGUAUCGUUUGGUUUCGUGGAAGCAGAACAAGAAUUUAAAGACACCAGUGUGAGCUCCUCCUGCAUUUUUACAAAACGUUUCCAGUUGUCCACACCAAGGUGACACAUGGGCAGGAACAUUAGGUGAGUGAUUCCAGAAUCAUGCCAAAGUGGUCAGAGAGGUACUGACGGAAACCACGGCUCCCCACUCACUGAGGUCCGCACAGCUUCGGAGCUCAGAUGCGGAGCGGAGUUCACACCCAGCGCAGUUGCUCCUCGGCUAUAUGAGCGUGCCUGUCCCAGCUGUAAAGCCGGGCUUUCCGCUAUCCUUGUUGCUUCAUUUUCCACGUACUAUUAACACGUUAAGCGCCCAGCCUGUUUUGUCUUCUGGACGGAAAGUGUAGUGUCAGCCACCGGUGACAGACUGUAUGUAAUUACAAGGACAACGACCACAAACAGGUUUGUAACGAACAGCUGGUUCUUGAUAAGCAUCAGCUUCACAGACGGAGCGGAAGUACAAGGGCAACCUAGAGACCCGCCCACGGGCUGGGAGCGGUCAGCAGGCCAAGGGCAUUAGUCAGGUCGGCCUGGGUCAAUUAAGCCCAUGAUUGCUAAGAGGGACUUGCUCCUCCCCCACCUCCUUGCACCUGCUGCGCACCCGAAUCACCUGGCCAGCUCUACGAAGCAGGGGGCUGACGCGCCCAGAGUGACCUGCUUCUCUGAGUCAGAGCACCGCUCUGGUCACCUGCUGGCCUCUCCAGCUCGUCCCCCAAAGUGUGGGCCCCUAAGGGUCACCCCAUCCGCCCUCUCAGGACUCGGGAGUGUUAACAGCAGAGUCAGGUAAGACGCCUUCCUUCUCGGCCCUGACUCCCUUCUGUUGGCUACAGGCUUGCCUCCAAGGAAGUUUCCAGAAGUCUCAGCUCAAGGCUGUCCGCUCCUCCGCAGCCAUGCUGCUCUCUCAAAACGCUUCCAACGUUUGGCAAUCGAGGCAAGAAAAAUAGGGUCUAGAGCGAAGCUUUAGCCGAGUAGGUCUCAGCCUGGGAGAGGAAUCCUUGCUCACAUCUCUGAGAAUCCAGAGGUGGCCUCCACAGGACCCUAAGGCCCCUGGGGGGUGCCAGCCCUCACCCGUUUCCACAGGAGGCAUGGAGCCCAGAGACCCCCUUCAUGUCAGAGUCUGCCAGCGGCACGGGGCCUGCGGGUGAACCUGGGGGUGGGGACGGGGCGGGGGUGGACAGCAGCGCCUGGGGCAGGGCCUGCACUCAGUGCCCCUGUCCCCUUCACAGGUCCACAUGGAUCCACUGCUAACAGACCAGAGGCGCCUCUGGAAGGAAGAGUUCUGGCAGAACCCCUGGGACCAGGGGGGCCUGGCCGUCAUCAGCAUAUUCCUCAUCACCGUCCUGCUUCUCAUGCUGUUCGCCAUUGUGUUUGGGGCACUCCCUCCAUCUGAGAAGGUCGACCAGUCUGAAGAGUCAUGACCUGACUUUCGGGGGGCCAAGGGGAGGCCACCUGUUCGACACUCUCCAAACACCAUGGGCCUUUCCCUCGAAGCCCCUUUAACAGUCUGGAUUAUACAUUUUGUGUGAUUCUCUGA